AGCGCGCCAUAUUUCGUUGUGUCGUCUGAUAGGUCUGGUUAUCACGCACGUAGAUCCACCUACGUGGUUAUAUGCUGUGUGUUUUGCCCCCAAAAAAAAAUGCAUCUUGUGUUUUAGGACAAGAGCAGGCACAGGUGUAGUAAACAUGUCAAGAAAUCAGCAGCAGAUUGUGAGACGUCUUCAAAAAGAAGCAGAAAAGGAGCAAAGCAUAUAUUGGUAUCGCAGCGCUAUUACAUAUCUUGUUGAGAACUUCUUGUCGAAUCUGGAUGCAGCUGCUAAGAGUCUUCAUUCUCUGGGACAUGCCAGCGAGUGCUUCAGCUCCCUUCAGCUAUGUGAGUUUUUUGUUGGACACAAUUCUGAGGUGUUUCUCCACCUUGCAUCACAGCCAGGUAAUGAUGAAACCCCAAACCUCAGUGAUCUCCGUGGUGUGGAGCUAACAAAAGAAGAGAAAAAUUCUAAUGUAUUUUGCAAUUGGUUGAUUCAGCGUCUGUUGCGCUUGCUAGCAUGCCAAGGAUGUGCCCUUCUACAUCCAACAUGUACCUCAGUGUUGACACACAUCCUUCUUACCAUCAAAGUGCGGUCUUUCUAUAUAUUUCUUCGUACAUCUUCCAUGCUGAUUCACUGCUUGGCAGAUAUGGUACAGAUCAGCAAGCAGCUUUAUGCGGCAGGUAACACAGGGAAUUUUCAGCUGACAAAGCUGAAUGUGAACUUAGAAAAUGUCAGACAAAGUCUUCUUGAUCCAGCCAAGAGUCCAGCUGAAAUGCAAGAUUUUGACAACUGCCUCAGUGAGCUCCCCUUUGUGUUAUCAAGUGCAGAGAUCUGUGAAUUGCUUCAGGUCAAUCUAUCGAAACUUAUUCUUACCUUGAUUCCCAGUAUUGGAAUAUUUGAACCAAUGCUCAAGUCCAUUCUGUACAGCACUGCUUGCUGCCAGCUGGAGUUUGGUGAUGUGGAUUUGAAAACAGUUUCUCUUCAAAUGCUUGUGGAACUUAUGGCAGAAUUUGGUUUGCCUGACCUCGACAAUGUCCAAAACUACUUUCUUCGCUGCCUCACGGGGCAGACAAGUUUGCUUGUGUCUGGCUGCAGGGAUAUAAAGAAAGAGGAGAUCACAAUACUUGAAGAGAACACCUCCUCUCUCAUUAACCAGUUGAUCUGCACAGACGGCAGUCUGGCUGCAGUUGCUCAUCACUUCUCAACUGCCAGCCUACAUCAAAUGUUUUGUUCUGUGACCUCUGACCUCCAAGCCCAUGGCUUCAUAAAGGUACUUACAGAGAAGUUCCGCACAUCGCUGGCACAACUGCUGUGUCACAUACUAAAAAGACUCCCAGUGGUUGUGUUGAAGGGUGUAUGCAGUCAGGCCUUUGAACAGCUUUUCCUCACACUGUUUGAUCAUGUAGCAGGGCAGCUGGAGGAUUUACAGUUUGCUGCACCUCUUCUGGUGCAAAUCUUGAAUGUGGAGAAGCAGAUCAAUGCCAAGAAAUGUCUGAUGCUCCCAGAAGUUACAUCAGCUACUCAGAUGAUCCAGACGCAGCAGACACCCUCCUCCAGGCUCAGACGCAAGAGAAAAGAAGUAGCUAUUCAAGAUGGCAGCAAGAAGAUGAGAUCACGAAUGUAUCAUCAGCUGCAGGCAAAAGUUGUAGACAUACUAGACAAAGGUGUGAAUAAGGACAUGUGCAUGACGGCCUUGGCGGCAGGAAGUCUGAUCACAGAUGUUGCUGCUCGACUUUCAGGGGAAAUAUUUCAGGACAAAGAUGUACAAAGAUUUGCAGAUACAGAAGUAUACCUUGACAAGGACUUUGUGCAACGACUGAGUGGAUACUGGCGCAGCAUUUUGCUUACAGGCAUUGUUAGUAGCCUCAGUUCAGCAGCUCAGGAUACAGCUGUGCUUCUAAUAGUCCGCUCAGCUGGCUGCCUGCUUUCAAGUAAUGAUUAUGUGCCCAUCACUGCUGAUCUUCUUCAAGAACUUACUUGGAUGGUUAGUCUACCAUGGCUUCUGAAUGACCCCAGCUGGCGAGAUCUUCGACCCAGCCAAGUACAAGAAGUAUCCCGCAUCAGUCAAGAAAUAGCAGAUAACAUCAAUGUGAACACCAUGUGCCAGUGUCUGAAAGUCCUAGCGUCUGCUCCCAAAGAGGCAGCCCCCAUGUGGCGAGUUCAUGUCUUCUCACAGGCUUUGAAUUCUCUACAUGAAGAUGUUAAAACGUCUGCUAUCUCUGAGUUUCCUAAGCUGCUUCUUCAACUAGGACCAAACGCUCAACAUCUGAUCAGUGAUCUCAUACACCCUCUGCUACAGGAUCCCUCCAAUGCUGUUCUUCGGGCAUUGGCUAAGGCAGCAGGAAAUUUGGUGUGUGUGGCAGCUGGCACAGUCACUCUCAGAAGGAGUGAACAACAAGAAAGUACCCUCCCAGCUAUGGAGCUUUCUUUGCUGACUUGCUCAAAAUGUUUGGCAAGAGAAGAUGAAACCCAUGAGUUGAAGCAAGUGGACACCAGGCUGUUUCUACCAUUCCUAAAUUUGUUGAAGACAGCAAAUUCAGAUGUACGCAAAGAUACUGUAUGCAGCUUGAAGCAGAUGUUUAUGCACAUGCCAGUGCGAUCGCAGAGUCUGUCUACAGUCAGUCUGCUAACUGCUGGUCUCUCCACUGUGGAAGAUAUGGAUAUGGAUGUUCGCCUCCAAUUCUUAACAGUGAUACCUGUCAUUCUGGGUGGAAGGACAUCAACACCAGACUCAGAAAACAUCACCUCUGAUACUGACAAGAUAAUAGUGGAGCACCUGAAGACUGCCUGUACAAGGGCUACCAUUUCAGCAAACAGUGGCUUGCACCAGACUAUUCUGAUCACUAUUGGUCAGCUAGCAAGAUAUGCAGAUGGAGAACUACUUUUAGCUGCACUCAUCAUUCUACUUGAGAACAGAUUGUCUUGCAUUCCACUGGUAGCAGAUAUUGCUUUUCAAGAGCUCCAAGCCACAGCAAGUCACAAAAAGGUGGCCCCAUAUCAGCUUUUUAUCAAGUACCGGGCACCUGUAUGUAAGUUUCUGGUUGAAACUAUGCUGGAUGCCCAGUCAGUAUCUGGACAAGGAAAUGCUGAAAAAGUACUUAAAACAGUGUCCAACACAUUUGGUUUCUCUGACAUCAAGGCAUUCAUAGAGCGAUGUGUAAAGUUUCUUCUGCCUCACCUGGUCAGCAAAGCGUCUCCUGAAGCCUCAUCCCUUAUCCGUCUCUUGGCCAAUUUGCUGUCUAUCACUCAUCGACACAAAUUGAUUAUGAACAAUAUCAAGUACAUUUUCUCACAUCUAGUGCGCUUCUGUCCAAAAGUGGAGUUGGAAAAGGCUCUGGAUUAUUUGCAGAGAGAGACAGGCUUUGAGCUGGGAAGCCUCCUGCGUUUGGACUUUCAACGUGUGCAUAAUGAACUGCUAUUAUACCUGAGUACUAGUUAUUCACAAGUUUUCAAUGGACUUCAGAUGCUUUCUCUCAAUGAUGAGCACUACAGUGGGCCCAAGGAAAUCACCAGUGCUGAAGAAAUGGCCGCCUACUUGGAACCUAGGCUUCUUGGAGUUCUGGCAUUCUUUGACUCUCAGCUCAUGAAUAUCAACACUGCCGCAGCUGACAAAAAACUGGCAUUAGAAAGCUUAAUAUCUAUCAUUCAGCUCAUGGGCUCAAAACACAUUACCUCCAUCAGACACAAGGUUGUCAACACCCUUAGACUAGGGCUCCAGUUCAAAGACACAUCAUUUGUUGAGAUUUCCUGCAGGGCCUGGAACUGCUUUGUUCGAAGCCUUGAACUGCCUAUACUUGGUCAGAUGUUGUCCCAGAUUUUGGCAACAUUGCUGCCAUUGCUGCUACAGAUUCCACAACAGGUCGCAGAAAUCAUCAACUACAUGAUUGUCGAAAAUCGGGCUGAGCUUCAUGAUCAUUUUCAUGAGGUCUACUUCUUGCCGGACUUGCCCGAGUUAGCGGAUGCCACGUCUGUUCUAAAAAUGUAUACAGACAGCCCCUCAAGUCAAACAGAUCUGAAAACUCGGCUUGUGCACUGCAUCAGUGGAGCUAGUCAUGAGAGUGUGGAUGUUCGCAAUCACGCUUUGAUGAAACUGCGAAAACUGCUUCGUGAAAAUCAAGAUUCUUUGUUUGAUCUGAUUCUGGGCAAGGAGUCAGCAGAUCCUGUAGUGACAAGACUUGUUUCUGUGCUUUUACAGGGCUGUCGAGAAUCAGCUACCAAAAACCAUGACCUGUAUGGUCAGUGUCUUGGGGAACUUGGUGCUUUGGAUCCUGGGAGACUCACGCUGAUGAGCAACAAUCCCUUGGAGCAACAUGCAAAGUUUCAAGCUAGUGUUGAUGAUGAAAACUUUGCUGUGGGGCUCGUCAACAAAAUAAUCAAAGCUUUCCUCGCUGCUACUGAACCCAAAAUUCAGGAUUGUUCGGCAUUUGCCCUGCAAGAGCUGCUGCAGAUAUACAAGAUUGUUGAUCGUUUACAAGGAGAGAAAGACUCCCGAGGAGCAAAGCUCUGGAAACGUUUUCCAGAACAGCUACAAGAAAUUCUGAUUCCUCUACUUACUUCCAGGUACAAGCUAAGCACGGAUAUGGAUUGGAGCAAUCUUCCAAAGCCAAUAUAUGGCAGCCGCAAAGGCAACACCUACAAAGACUGGGUCAGCAACUGGACAGGAUAUCUGGUCUCAAAGGUAAAGGAGAAGCAAGCUCGCCAGGUGUUUGAAGCAUGCAGUGCUGCUCAGCGCAAUGACCUGCAGGUAGCUCUCUAUCUGCUUCCUUACGAGGUCGUACAGGUAUUGCUGGAUGGAACAGAACAAGAUCAUCUAGAGAUCUACAAUGAAAUGAUGGAGGUGGUAAACCAGGCCAGGCAACCAGACACACGGCAGAGCACGGCUCUUGACCUGCGACAUCUGAGUGCUCAGACAACAUUCUCAGUGAUCGACUACCUCACCUGGUGGCGAACUCAGCGUGUGCUGUUGCUUGCAGCCAGAAGUUCUGUUCCUAAAGGUGUUGUGCCAUAUUCUGGGGAUGAGCCUUACAAGGCUGUUAACAAGUUUCUCUGUCGCAUCCCUCAAGACACUCUUGCCCAGGCCAGCUUUAACUGCAAAGCGUACACUCGUGCUCUUAUGUAUUUUGAGCAGUUUAUCACAGAUACAAAACAGGACCUGCAAGAACAUCUGGACUUUCUGCAGAGGCUUUAUGACUGUUUGAACGAGCCAGAUGGUGUAUUGGGAGUUGCAGCCAUCAGACAGUCACAACCUACACUUAUGCAGGAGAUUCUGGCCCAUGAAAGUCUUGGUCAGCAGCAAGAUGCACAGGCCUGCUAUGAGCGAGCUUUGCAAAUCGCACCCAGUGAACUUUGGCCUCAUCAGGGAUUGGUCCGCAGCCUGAUGGAAAUGGGGCAGCUGAACAAAGCCCUUCUUCACACUAGUGGUGUCCUUACCAAAAACCCACGAUGGUUGCACCAGCUAAAUCAGUACAGAGUGGAAGCAGCAUGGAAAAUGUGCAACUGGGACACCCUGAACACCAUGAUGAAAUAUGAGAACCCAGGAAAUAACAUAUGGCCUUUGUGUAUUGGUCGUAUCUUGAUGGCUACAAAGGACAGGAAGGAAGAAGAGUACCAGAAGCACCUGCAUCUAGCACGCCAAGAGCAGAUGGGUCCCUUAUCUGCUGCCAGCAUGGAAAUGGGAUCGUACCACAGAGGGUACGAGUACAUCCUCAGGCUGCAUAUGUUGAGUGAACUAGAGGACUACUUCCAUGUCUGCCAUAAUUUUUCGGCAUCAUCCAGUGACUCCAGUGAGCCCUUGGUGCAGUCAUCACAAGAGGAGUUACUGAGGCAGUGGAACUGUCGCCUUCAAAUGGUUCAGUCAUCCUUUCGCACUCAGGAGCCAAUUUUAACUCUAAGAAGGACAUUACUUUGCUUGGAUCAAAAUAAUCCAGACAUAGCUGUGGACAAAACCAUAGGGCGAUGGUGGUUGUGGAGUGCCAAGGUUGCUAGAAAAGCUGGGUACUUACAGACAGCUUAUGGGUGCCUUCUUCAAGCAAGUGCUUUUGACAUGCCAGAAUUCUUUGUGGAAAAGGCCAAAUGGCUCUGGGAGAAGGGAGAGAAUGACACAGCUUUGUCGUGCUUGGAGAAGGGAAUAGCUCAGCAUUUCCCAUCCCCAGCUCAAUUCCAGCAAGGACCUCACUCUGGCGACCAGUCCAAGAGACAGGUUUAUGGGCAGGCACUGCUGCUUUAUGGUCGGUACAGUGAGGAGACGUCCAGUAUGGAAAGCAAUGCCAUCCUGAAGCGUUAUCGUGAUGUACUGGACAUCUGUCAUGACUGGGAAGAUGGCCACUUCUACCUUGCUCAGUACUAUGACCGCCUAAUGACCAGCAUUAUGCCAGAGAAAGAGAAAUCAGGAGAUCUCAUCACAGCGGUGGUGAAGUAUUUUGGACAAGCACUGCUGUUUGGAAACAAGUUCAUAUACCAGGCUAUGCCCCGUCUUCUGAGCCUGUGGCUGGACUUUGGUGCCACUGUGAUUGAGGCAGAGCACAAGGAGAAGAAAGAGAAGAACGCUGACAAGAACAAACUACAGUUGCAAAAAUUGCAAGUUCAGAAGAAUAUCUUGUCAAAGAUCAAUGCUCUGAUGUGCAGUCUGAUAAAUGAUCUUGCACCCUACCAAUUCUUCACAGCAUUUCCGCAGCUUGUCUCACGCAUAUGUCAUGCACAUCCCGAAGUUUCAAAGAUCUUGCAGGGGCUGAUAGCACAUUUAUUAACCUGCUUUCCACAGCAGGCAAUGUGGAUGAUGAUGUCUGUUUCCAAGUCAUCAUAUACAGUGCGAUCUCAGAGAUGUCAAGAAAUAUUUGCAGCUGUCAAACAAAAGAAACCUGAACUCGAAAAACUGAUUCAGGAUGCAACCAGACUAAGUGAAAGACUUCUAGAGGUGUGUGAGAAAGAUGUUGGUAGGACUACUACUCUUAGUCUGUCUACCAACUUCAAAGCUCUCAAACGCCUCCUGGAUGAACCGAAUUUCAGUGAAAUUAUGUUGCCUCUACAGUCAGCAAUGACGGUAACUUUGCCGACCGUUGCAGGUGGUCAAGCUGGUCAUAAUCCAUUUCCUGAUCAUUUAAUUUAUAUCAAAGGCAUUGAAGACACGAUCGAAAUCCUGCAGUCCCUGGCUCGGCCCAAGAAAAUCACUCUGGUUGGCAGUGAUGGAAGGUUGUAUGCCAUGAUGUGCAAGCCAAAGGAUGACUUACGCAAAGAUGCCCGUCUCAUGGAGUUCAAUGCCAUUGUGAAUAGGUUCUUGUACCGGGAUGCAGAAUCUAGACGCCGGCAACUUCACAUUCGAACAUAUACAGUCACACCUUUAAAUGAAGAGUGUGGAAUAGUUGAGUGGGUGAACAACACCAGCGGCUUUCGGCAUAUCCUGGUACGGCUGUACAGGGAACAUGGAAUUCACAUGUCUGCUGCUGAACAGCAAAGCAUCAUGCCUGCUAAAACUGCCUCACUAGAAGUCAAGAUGGAGAUUUUUAAGCAAAAGUUGCUUCCCCGGCACCCUCCAAUCUUCAGAGAAUGGUUUCUUCGCACUUUUCCAGACCCUACAUCAUGGUACAAUGCACGAGUUGCAUAUGCUCGCACAAUGGGUGUAAUGAGCAUGAUUGGCUAUAUUCUGGGACUAGGUGAUCGCCAUGGUGAGAACAUCCUCUUUGACUCCACUACUGGGGAUACUGUGCAUGUCGACUUCAACUGCCUUUUUAACAGGGGAGAGACUUUUGAAUGGCCAGAGAGAGUUCCAUUCCGCCUCACACAAAACAUGGUCUCAGCUUUGGGUCCCAUGGGUUGUGAAGGGAUCUUCAGGCGUGCAUGUGAAGUGACACUGCGAGUGGUCAAAGCUCAGACUGACCCUCUUAUGAGCGUCUUAAAACCAUUUAUCUAUGACCCGCUGGUUGAAUGGAGCAAGCCGACAUCCAGAGACAGAAGGUUAAAUCAAGCAGCAGAAACUGGAGAGAUCACAAAUGAGCAGGCUCUUACAUGUGUGCAAAACAUUGAAGACAGACUGCGAGGGAUAUUGAAGCUGAAAUCAAAAGCAAGAGGGCUGCCUUUAUCCAUAGAAGGACAUGUCAAGUAUCUGAUUCAGGAAGCAACUGAUGAAAAGAAUUUGUGUCAAAUGUACAUUGGCUGGGCUGCUUUCUACUGAAUUCCCAUCAGGUUUAUAUUCGGCGUGAAAGUGCAUUCCGAUGGUCUAAAACCCAUACUUCUAAGCAUGAUGCAAACAGCUAGACUAACCCUGAUGUUUUUUGUCUAGCACAGUUUCUGUUAUAGGAAAUUGUGAGAUCAAAAGUUAUUUUGACUAAAUAGAGCCCCAGGAGCAAAUUACAAUUUGAUCAAAUUUGCAUUAGAUCACUCGAGCAAUUUUUGAAUAAUUUUGUCGAAACUGCUUUUUGGUUAUUCUGCUUGUGAAGUGUGUUGUUGUGAGCAGACAAUGUGCCUGUGAUCAAAUGGUUGAGCUUUUCUUUUUUGAAAAAAAAUAUUCUUACUGUUAACCUUUUUAUUUUUCCUUGCAUGAACCAUUUCAUUUAUUAAGAUGCCACCUUAAAGAAUUUUCAUCUGGCAGCUGUUUUCAUUUUGUUUUUCAAUUCUUCUUAAACUAUCUUAAUAGUGUUGUCAGACUAACAAAUGAUUAGACCCUAAAUCAUCAGAAGUUGGCAGCACAUAUCAUUAAGUCCUUCAUAAGCUUCACAAUAUGUGAUUCUAAACCACAAACUGAAACAGGAGUGCGUAUAAACACAAAAUUUGGAUUAUCUGAUGAUGUAUGUACAGGCCAUUCUAGUUUACCAUAUCAUUCUUGAUGAAUACUGUAGAUAAAUGUGCUACCAUAAAAUAAAAAGGUACCUCUAUUAAAAGGCACCUAAUAUAAAAGCGCUACAAUAUAUAUGCAUAUUCUUGUUGCAUUUUAUUAUCAGAUAAGAAUAAAAUAAAAAUAAAUUGUUUUAAAUGCAA